AUGGACUCGACGAGUCCAUGCCCUGAUGACAAAUCUGUUGUAUCCUUAAAGCCUUACAGGCCUCCUUUACCAUUUCCAAUCCGAGCCAUACCUGAUGAAAAGGUCAAAGCAUACAGAGCCUUCAUGGAACAUGUUAAAGCCCUUCAAGUCAACAUCCCAUUUGUUGAAACGAUAGUUCAAACACCCAAAUACUUAAACUUGCUUAAGGGUCUUUUUACUGCUAGGAAAGAUAUGGCGGAAGUGGCGGAAUUAGUAUUGAAUGAACUACCAGAAAAGAAGGGCGAUUCGGGAAGCAUCUCGGUUCCUUGCCAAUUUGGAAAUAUACUUGCUACUCAAGCGUUGACCGAUUCGGGUGCAAGUAUUAACUUAAUGCCUUUUUCUUUCUUCAAGAAGAUGAAUUUACCGGAGCCGAGGUUUAUUAAUAUGAAGAUCCAUUUGGCGGACAAGACAAUAAUUCGUCCAAGAGGUGUUUGUGAAGAUCUCCUCAUAAAAGUGGAUAAAUUUGUAUUUCCCGUGGACUUUGUAGUGCUUGACAUAGAAGAAGACCCCGAAAUUCCAAUUAUUUUGGGGAGACCAUUUUUGAAUACCGCAUGCGCAUUGAUAGAUGUAUGCGAGUCCACACUAACAUUGAGGGUAGGAGACGAGUCAGCUGUGUUCAAAGCUAUAUCAGAGGUUAAGCAACAAGAAACAAGAAAAGGAGAAGUUUCCUCCAUUGAUUUGGAUGAUGAAAUACUCCAAAAAGAGCUUGCACUACUACAAGAAGAAGACCCAAGUAAAUUCCUACUAUCUUCUGGAGGUAAUGAUGAUGUUGAAAAAGACUUAGAGGAGAUAGAGAAGAUGCUGAAGGGAACUGAUUCAGAAAACACAGUGGAAUGUGAUGAAUUCGCUCCGCCUCGCCGAGUCAAGUCGACAUACUCGACGAGUCCAGACGAAAAUCUUAGAAACCUGAAUUAUCUUGACCUGACUGUCACCAGUCCCUUGCCUGAUUUGGACAUGAAUAUUUUUCCUAAUUCUUUAGAAGAUCAAGCAGCAUAA